AUGCAGCAAUACGAUUGCCGACUUGUAAUUUUGAGUUUUCUGUUAGUUUUAAAUGCGGCCAACCAGUACACCACCGUCGGUUUAACAUGUGGCAAAAGAUUUUGUACGCUUUUCGAUCUUGCCUCCGUCGAAGACACGUUCGUGUAUCAAUACGUUUCGCGACACAUCGUGCAAGUAAUUCUGGACAAUGUGCUGCUGGAGCGUCUCGAUGGAAAGGUGCUGCGGCAGUAUCCACCGUUCGUGAAGUGUGUCGAUGUGCAAAACUCCGCCACGAUCACAGUGAUGAGUGUACCGGUGAAUGUCACCUGCCUGAGAAUCGUUGCAACCGGGCUGAGCAAAAUCAAUUUCGUACAACGCAGCGCUCUGUUACGGUUGAUGGUUGAAAAAUCGCAGCUCAAUGCAAUACCGUGCACGAUCGAAAACGCGCGUUCGCUAACGUUCCUCGAGAUAGUGGAAGCAAACGUUAGACACCUAGAUCUGGGCACGUUGUGCGAACACUCGCGCCUAGAGUCGAUCGUUCUGAAGCGAAACAAGAUACGUUAUGUGCGGAACAGUGCCACCCGAUCCUGUCCCCUGUACGAUGCACUCGUCUUUCUGAAGCUGAAGGAAAAUCGGCUAAAAUCACUCAAUCUGAUGUUAUUCAGUCGCUUCCGACGUUUAAACUUUUUCGACAUCAGCAACAACCGGCUAGCAUCGAUCAGUACCGGCACGUUAACGCUUGAUACGAUUGAACGGUUCGACAUGAACAACAACAGACUGACGGAGAUUAGCUUUUGCACAUGGAUGCUGCCCCGUUUGCGAUCGUUAAUGCUAUGGUGCAAUAGUCUCACCGUCGUACCGGCGUGCGUGCAAAGCUGGACCAAUAUAUCCUUCCUCUCGCUGACAUCGAACAAACUGACCUCCUUUGCGAUCGAGAGCGUAGCAGGUUUGGACAAUCUGCAGCAGCUGUACCUGGCGUGGAACAGGAUCGAAUUCGUAAAGCUAAAUGGUGCCCAGUUCCCGAGCAGCUUGGAACUGCUAGACAUCACCGGUAAUCUGCUGCAUCAGCUCGAUCUAUCCUUCGUGCCGAGUCGAUCGUUGACCGUAAAAGUGGAAAUGAAUUUUAUUACCGGGCUCGAUGUUAACAGCACCACCGCCAAUGGAAGUGCAUCGCACCUGACCAGUAAUCCGAUCGAUUGCUCGUGGACAUUGGGGCGGGUGCAGAUCACAGGUGUACCGUGUUUGAAUGGUAAUGACUAA